CUUUUCACAUGAUCCGUAAGCUUUCAGAGAGGAGAGACAGGAAUGUGGAGAGGAGCGACAACAACGAUGGCUGAGCGAAGCCACUGUUUCUCAAUAACGUGUUUAUUUAACACUGUGGCUACAUGGUUGAUAUUCAUCCACUGCACCAAUGGAAUUCCCUGGACACAAGAAAAGUUCCAUCACAGAGCUGUCACACUAACAUCAGAUGAAGUCCGGACCGCUCUGUCUCACACUAGCCUGGAUCAGAUGUGGCAGAGGGACCUGAGGCCACUGCUAGUCACCAGGUACCCAGGAUCUGCAGGCAGCCAGGCUGUGCAGCAGCAUAUCAAAACAACCCUUAGUUCCCUCGGGGCAGGAUGGGAAGUGACAGAGGAUGGGUUUGUGUCACAGACCCCCUACGGCCCCCUACCUUUCACCAACAUCAUUGCCACCCUCAACCCGUCAGCCAAACGUCGCCUGGUCCUGGCCUGUCACUACGACUCCAAGUACUACCCACCACAGUAUUCAGGGAGGGAGUUUCAAGGCGCCACAGAUUCUGCUGUUCCCUGUGCAAUGAUGCUGGAGCUGGCACGAGCCCUAGAUGAAGAACUGAAAACCCAGAAGACCUCCAGUUCUGACCUAACCCUGCAGUUGCUCUUCUUUGAUGGAGAGGAGGCCCUCUUCCAGUGGACUGCCACCGACUCCCUGUAUGGCUCUCGCCACCUGGCUGAGAAGAUGGAAGCCACCCCUCACCCUGCUGGAGCCACAGAUACCAAUCAGCUACAUGGCAUAGAUCUGUUUGUGUUGUUGGACUUAAUAGGAGCGCCGAGUCCACGCUUUGGGAACCAGUUUGCAAGCACACAGCAUUGGCUUUCCAGACUGCAGAACAUUGAACGUCGUCUCCACUCCAUGAACACACUUGCGGAUCAUCCAAAUAAUGUGCAAUAUUUCUGGCCAAAUGUUCCUGUUGGCCGAAUAGAAGAUGACCACAUACCAUUCCUGAUCAGAGGUGUGUCUGUCCUCCACCUUAUCCCGUCGCCCUUCCCGUCGGUGUGGCAUACAUUCGAUGACAACGAGCAGAAUCUGGAUCGCACCACCAUUGAGAACCUGAACAAGAUCCUGCAGGUCUUUGUUCUGGAGUACCUCAACACCAGGCCUCAGACUUCAAAUUCCCAAAAUGCCCCUUGAGACUUCUAGAAAAUGCUUUUAGCAGCUAUUUUGUCUGUAGCAAAGACCUUAAACUCUGGACUGGAAUACUUAACACAGGCUUAACUAACAGUUGAAAAUCCACUUGAUUCACUCAUUUAGCAUAGCACCUGUUUAUAGCUUUUAUUAUUAUUUUUACUUUUUGUUGAGAAUUUUUUUGUCCACUCAUAUUUUAAUGGAUGUGAUUAUAUAUGGAAUUUAUUUCUUUUUCAGUCCACAAACCACCAGUCCCUAGCACACAGCACACAAGCACACAAGAUCUUCUGGUUUUGUUUUGUUUUUUUUUUGUUUUUUUUUAAUCACACUGCUCUCUUUAUCUGCCCUCCCUUACACUGUGAAGUGAAAUACAAGAGUCAGUGUUCAUUUUUGGGUCUUGCUCCUGGAAGAAAAAGAUUUUAUGGAUUUUAUUUUUGUGAACACAAACAUUGAAUUACUUGAAUUCACUCAAAGUCUUAAAAUAACAAGUCUGACAAUAUCCAUGGUCGUGUUGUAAUGUUCAGGGUCCACGGUCAGUUACAUGAUGUGAUAAAUAUAUACCAUACACCUGCAUGGAUACUGUUACACAUGUGGGAUAAAUUAUGUGGUGACACAAACUGUUUGAGCUACAGGGUAUUUGACAUUUCCUCUCCUUGAGUAAAUCUGUUCAGUGUUUAUAGAGUAAACCUGUCAAGUACAGGAAGUGGGUUUAUUUGUAUUAUAACAACAUCUUUACCCCUUCAUAUCCUGUCCAUCGUAGAUAGUGAAGUGGAUGACUUCCUGUGCUAAUGUUUCAUGUGCCUGCCUUUGUUUGUGUCACAUUAUUAACCUGCUCUUAAUGUAGCUCCCAGAAUAAUAUACAGUACCAAAGCUGGAUUUCCUUUAUUUUGGCUCAGAAAUAAAUGUUGAUUCAGAAAACAAAGAAUUUCAUUCACAGUUUAUGUAUCUUCUCAAGUCUUUGUUUUACUCUAAACAUUUUGGGAGAAGAAGAGAAAGCAAUUAGUUCUUCUUCAUCGGUGAACCAGUGUGUAUUUUAUUUCCCACCUUUUAAUGCAACAGGAGUACAACUUUUUAAUACUUUUGUAACAGAUGCUACAGUAUUUCCUUUUCCACAGUUUCUACUCUCUUUUCUUCAGCAAAACAAACACCUCUAUCCAUCAGGCUCAGGCUCACCUCCACCACAGUCCCAUGAUUCAUUUAAUCCUAUCAUGAAGACCUCCCCUGGAUUCCACACUAUCCAAAUCCCCUUCAAUCCAGCCUUCUCCUAUGAGAGCUGAACACAGCCCUGGAGCCCCAUGAACCAUAGUCAGAAAUGUUUGGUCUGCUUAGCAACAAUCUACACCACAAAAAUGUGUCUUGUGAAAAAUACAACUCCAUCAAGGACCAUUAGUCUUGGUGACUGUGAUACACUUCUUAGUCUCCACCCAAACUGAAAAAAAGCAUAAAAAAUGAGGUGAACAGAUA